AUUGGCCGCUUGCUGAUGGACUCCAAGUAUUCCACCCUCACAGCCCGAGUGAAAGGCGGGGACGGCAUCCGGAUUUACAAGAGGAAUCGGAUGAUCAUGACCAAUCCCAUUGCCACUGGGAAAGAUCCCACCUUUGACACCAUCACCUAUGAGUGGGCCCCCCCUGGAGUCACCCAGAAACUGGGCCUACAGUACAUGGAGCUCAUCCCCAAAGAGAAGCAGCCGGUGACAGGCACCGAGGGCGCUUAUUACCGCCGACGCCAGCUCAUGCAGCAGCUCCCCAUCUACGACCAGGACCCCUCUCGCUGCCGCGGACUUCUGGAGAAUGAGUUGAAAGUAAUGGAAGAGUUUGUCAAGCAAUACAAGAGCGAGGCCCUCGGUGUGGGAGAGGUGGCCCUCCCUGGGCAGGGUGGCUUGCCCAAGGAGGAAGGGAAGCAGCAGGAAAAGCCAGAGGGCACAGAGACCACCGCUCCGACCACCAACGGCAGCAUCGGUGACCCGUCCAAAGAAUACGUAAGUGUCUGUGAGCUCUGCAAGGGAGUGGCCCCUGCGGACAGCCCUGUGGUCUACUCAGACAGGGCAGGCUACAGCAAGCAGUGGCACCCCACCUGCUUUGUGUGUGCCAAGUGCUCGGAGCCACUGGUGGACCUCAUCUACUUCUGGAAGGACGGUGCCCCCUGGUGUGGCCGCCAUUACUGCGAGAGCAUACGGCCCCGGUGCUCUGGCUGCGAUGAGAUCAUAUUCUCCGAGGACUACCAGCGUGUGGAAGACCUGGCCUGGCACCGAAAGCACUUCGUGUGUGAAGGCUGUGAGCAGCAGCUGAGCGGCCGGGCGUACAUCAUCACCAAGGGCCAGCUGCUGUGCCCAACCUGUAGCAAGUCCAAACGCUCCUGAAGGGCUGCCCGGCCACAGCCGGAAUCCACAGGAUCCCACCAAGGAGGGGAGCCAGGGGUGCUGAGGUCAUUCUAAGGGUCCGAUGUGACGGCCAGCAGGCAACAAAACCAGUGAUUUUUUUCAGUGGGAAUAUAUAUAUGCACACGUACACACACGUAUUCUA